UAACGAAAACACAACGACAUUAACGAAAACACAACUACAUUAACGAAAACACAACGGAAAAGGUAUGUCCCAGUGGGAGACCUAAGAAAUCGCUGAUUGGACUACAGCUCGUUUUACUUUUGAACCGGAAGUUACUCUGGUGUGCUUCGUUUUAAUGAGAAGCGGGCAUACGGUCACGUCGCAAUGUUUUGCCCAAACUGCGGGAAAGAGCUGGUUGAGCCGUCACCAAACUUCUGCAGCAAUUGUGGCAAGAGGCUUCAACUUCAGGAAAUAUUUAUGGAAGAUACUCCACAAUGUUCAACACAACAGCCUGUUCCAUCCUGCCCUGCACCAGCCCUCAGCACCUUCCUUGAAUACAGAAAAAAGAAAAAUGAGGAGCGACAAAAGUAUUCUCUUGGGAAAAAGGGGUUAAAGCAAAAGGAAAAAAAGAAAGUUCGGAUAAAUAUUGGCUUGAUGACCAUUCACAAGAAUGGUCUAAAGCCACAGCGUGGAAAAACCAUUUUGCUUGCAACAGAUCCAGAUGUCUCUGCCACACCUCUGCUCAGUCUUGCUGCUAAAAAAAUGAAGGACUUCAACAAAGAUAUAACAGAUGGACCUUUCCUCCUUCUGUACCCAGAUGGGACAGAGGUUAUUAAUAUCCCUGGGACACAAACACCGUUUACUCUUGCAGCUUAUAAGGCUGAAAUUGGCAAGUCAUAUCAAAGGAUCUCUCUUUUCCUCUGCUUGAAAAGGGACUUUGAAGAAGUUGCAAAAUUGUCAGACUCGUCCGAUUCCGACCCAGAGGUUGUUAUUAGAAAAAACUCCGAGUUUGAUCUUGCUGAUACACUGCCAUGGGAACCUAUGAAUGAAAGCAGUCCUUUGCAAAAGGUGGCAGAAACAGAGAAUGGUGUUGGGGAUCUCGUACUUGCAAAUGAAGUACAACAGGUUAUGGACUUGGAUAACAAUGGCAACAAUCCAGGCACCAGUCAAUGUCUCACUGUCCAGAGCUCCUGUUACAGAGACUACACCACUCUCUUUGAGCCCAUUGUUAUUGAUGAUGAUGAUGAGAUUGAAUAUUUUACAGAAGACAAAAAGCAGGACCUGCCCCCAGAAGAACAUUUACAAACAAACGUGCAGCCACAUGAUAUUAUUGCAGAACUGGCCAAGAAUAUUGACCACAAGAAAGUCAGCCGGUUCAACAUAUGUCGUACUGAUGUGUGGGAUGGAGCUGUUCGGGGCUUUCAGAGGAGCACAUACUCCGACAAGAACGACAUGUUCAUCAAAUUUAACGAUGAUGCUGGCUGUUUGGAGGAAGGGUUGGACACAGGUGGCCCGAGGCGUGAGUUUCUCACACUUCUUAUGGCCAUUCUGAGAAAUCGUCCUAUCUUUGAUGGACCCCCAGAAGCUCGUUACGUUGGGUACAAUUCGAGAGGUGAGUCAUUUUUGGGUUAGUGAACCUAACUAACCUUAGUUAGUGAAGUGGUAGUACUUCUAAAAUAAAAAUUUGCAGAAACAUGUGCUUAUGUGUCUGUCAUAAGCAGAUCUAAGAUUUAAUUACCCACAGUAAUAAUUUGCUCUGUACAACAGCUGCCAGGGAAGAUGAGUAUUUUUUAGCAGGAAAGAUGAUUGCUGUAUCGAUUGUACAUGGGGGACCGGCACCACAUUUUCUCUCAAAGAACCUGGUCAACUACAUGAUAGGGAAUCCAAGUUUCAGCGCCACUGUUGAAGAUGUUCAAGAUGAGGAGAUAGGGAAAGUUCUAAAGCAGGUAGGAAAUGACCUAGGUUUAGGAAAUAGAUUUAUUGUAUGCCAACUGGAGAUUAUUUUCACGUUCAGAUUAAGAUUAGGAAAUUAUUAUAACAAAAUAGUAAUUUCGUUUUCUCAAAGCUUGACAAAUCUUUUUGUUUUGAAAGGCCUGAUUUCAGCCUAUCUCAAGAAAUGUGAAAUCACAAAUGCACAAAAUGUUUAUGCUAUUUUUGUAUUCAUAACGAAGAAGUUGUCAAAUUGAUAGUUCUGUACUUCUUCUUAUAAUAAACUGCUUGUUUUAUAGGUCCUGGAAGCUGAAUCAGAUGAAUCUCUGCUAAAUAUAAUUUUUCAAAACAGCGGGAUGUUCCAAACUGCUGGUUGCUUCAGAAGUGUGAAGAUUUCUGAGAAGAAAACUUUUGUAGAGGAGUAUCUCAGAUGGUACAUCCUUGACAGAAACCACAGUGCCAUUCAACGAUUCAAAGAUGGACUGGCAAGUCUGGGGUUUUUCGCUGCACUGCAACAGCAUUUCAGUGUCCUGUCCCCAGUCCUAUGUUUCUCUGCCAAGGCCCUGACUGCUUCAGACUUGGAGACCAUGUUCAAACCAGAUCUCAGCCCAGUAGGAACCAAUAGGCGGCAAAAGGAGGGCAAAACUAUCGUCUUCUGGGCAGAUUAUUUGCUUGAUUGCGAAG